GAGAAGGAGGUAGGAGUACAUAUUCUCGUUGGAAAUUUGAGGUGGUUUUUGAGUUAUCUACUGUAACGUUCCUGUUAUCAUGGGAUCAGCUUGUUGUGUUGCUGCAAAGGAUCACACUCUUCCCAACAGAACUGGAGGUGAAAGUUUACAUAGAAAUGUUGCGUGUUCACCAUCUUGGAGCUUUCGAUGGGAUAGUUGGGGUCGUGUUACUGGUGAAAUCGAGAAUCCUUCCUUCAACACAUCUCACAGAGUCAGCAGAAAUGUUAGCAUGGAGUUAAAAGGGUCUUUGAGUUCUGAAAGAGGUAAUUUGUCUGAUGGUGGGAGCACCCUGGAGAUUUCUGUAACACCUAUGUCUCAGAAAUCCCCUGUUCAUGAUCAGUUGGUUGUAAAUCAGAUGACUCCAUCUUCAGAUCUAUCCAUGUCAAGUAAUUGUUCUACAAUGGUGAAGAAUCUUGUAGAAUCACCAGAAAUUGCAGAAUCUUCAAUACCAAAUCUUUUAUUUUCAAUACCUUUAGUUUACUCAACCCCUACAACAGAUCCCAUUCCUAAUCAUAAUUAUCACAAUCUUCCUAAUCCAAUGGCAUCAAGAUGGGCUCAUCGAUCUCCAGGACACCCACUGUUGAGACAAAUUUCUGAUAGUCAAAUCCUGGGUCUGAAAUCACCUGACAACUCAAUUUCUGAGGGAAGGCCAUCAUUUGUACUCUCUACAUGCAGCAAUGACAUGGCAACUGGAUCCCAGUGUGGGUCAUCUGAUGGCUGGUCUAUGCGCACCUUUUCUGAGCUGGUGGCCUCUUCUCAAAAGGAACGGUGGUCUUUUGACAGUGAGUAUUUAGGUUCAGGUCGUCUCAAGAUAAGUGGAACUAGUAGCAGGUUCUCGUAUUCUCCCUCCAUGGAUUUACAAUCUUGUGGGGCUUGCUCCAGGCUCUUGAAUGAGAGAUCUGCAUGGGGCAACCAGAAAUUUAUUGGCAGCAGUAACCUCUCAGUUGUUGUUGUACUUGUCUGUGGUCAUGUGUAUCAUGCAGAAUGCUUGGAGACUAUGACACCAGAAGCUGAUAGUUAUGAUCCAGCUUGUCCAAUUUGUAUGGUUGGGGAGAAGCACUUGUCGAAGUUGACCUUAGAGUAA